AUGCCUUUUAUCGAAGUCAACGAUCACAGGCUACACUAUUCCGACUCUCAUCCUCAAGGAGCUCCUGAAAAUGGUCACACCUUUAUCUUCAUCCACGGCCUGGGCUCCUCGCAAAACUAUUACUUUCCUGUCUUGCCGUACCUGACCUCGAGUCACCGUUGCAUCACUUUCGACACGUACGGAUCCGCACGCUCAACUUAUACGGGCCAGUCUGUGUCUAUUCAGUCUAUCGCGGCCGAUGCGGCCGGACUGCUGGAUGUGCUGAACGUCCCUCAAGCUGUGGCCGUAGGCCACUCGAUGGGUGGACUCGUUGUGACACUUUUGGGGGCACAGUAUGCGCAUCGCGUCAAGGCUGUGGUCGCGAUAGGACCGACACAUCCGACAGCGACACUGUCUUCUGUGAUGUGCAAAAGAGCCCAGACUGUAUCCGAGUUCGGAAUGGAACCAAUGGCCAACUCUAUCCCCAGCCAAGCAACCGGCUCCCGAAGUUCCCCGCUGGCAGAAUCUUUCAUCCGUGAACUCAUAAUCGGCCAAAACCCCAAAGGCUACGCAGCUCUUUGCCAAGCCAUCGCCGGUGCCCCGACCAUCGACUAUACCGCUGUUCAAGUUCCCUUCCUGCUGAUUGCUGGCGAGGAAGACAAGUCUGCAUCGCUUGAGGGUUGUGAACUCAUCUUUGAGCGUGUAUCGAGUGCGAAUAAGAAGAUGGACGUGCUUACCAAGGUUGGGCAUUGGCAUUGUAUCGAGGCGCCCGAGGAGGUGGGGAGGGUAAUUGUUCAAUUUAUUGGAAGUGUCGCUGUUUAG